CGAGGCAACUGUGAAGGCAGAGAGGGGGGGGGUGUCAGACUCGAAAGGAAAUAAAGAAAGAGAGAAACAACCCCAUCCUCAAUUCCAACACCUCACUCCCAUGUGUCCAACAGUGCGGACGUCGAAACUCCUACUUAACUCCUUUCAAUAAAACUUGUUUGGUUCCGCUCUCUGUUCUCUCCAUUCUCAGCGGCACCAUCUCUCUCACCAGAAAGAAAGGCCUGUCUCGGUCAAAUCCCCAAUCAGAAGUCUCUGAAACUCCCUUCCGCACACACUCCCACACUCUUUUUUUUUUUUUUUUUCUGGGUUCACCCUUCUAAAAGAGGACAGCAUUUAUUUUAAUCUCAGAAGAAAAGUUCAUCAUCCCUUUAGCUGGAUGGGAAAGUGUUUUCAGGUCGCGAGGGAUCCACAGCUUCUCUGGUUAUGUUGCUGAUAUACACUGCCAAUAUAAAGGUUUUCAUACACUGAAAGGUCUGAUUCUAGGAUAGUUGAGCUUGUAUGGCUUCAGCUGUUGGAAUGGCUGGUGGUGACUCCAUGAUUGUUGAUAAACUCCCUGAGGAGAUCAAUGAAAUGAAGAUCAAGGAUGAAAAGGAAAUGGAGACAGCAAUGGUAGAUGGAAAUGGAACUGAAACUGGCCACAUCAUUGUGACUACUAUUGGCGGACGAAAUGGUCAGCCCAAACAGACCAUAAGUUACAUGGCUGAGCGUGUUGUUGGACAAGGCUCAUUUGGUAUUGUGUUUCAGGCGAAGUGUCUUGAAACUGGAGAAACAGUGGCAAUCAAGAAGGUCUUGCAGGAUAAAAGAUACAAAAACCGUGAAUUGCAGACAAUGCGCCUUCUUGAUCACCCUAAUGUCGUGUCACUCAAACAUUGCUUCUUUUCCACCACAGAUAAGGAUGAACUCUAUCUCAAUUUGGUACUUGAGUAUGUACCUGAGACUGUAUAUCGUGUGGUGAAGCACUAUAGCAAGGCAAACCAGCGGAUGCCCUUGAUAUAUGUUAAACUCUACACAUAUCAGAUUUGCAGAGCUUUGGCAUAUAUUCAUGGAUGUGUUGGAGUUUGCCACAGGGAUAUCAAACCUCAGAACUUACUGGUUAAUCCUCACACUCAUCAGGUCAAGCUUUGUGAUUUUGGAAGUGCAAAAGUUCUGGUCAAAGGCGAACCCAAUAUAUCAUAUAUUUGCUCUCGUUACUACCGAGCACCUGAACUCAUUUUUGGGGCAACUGAAUAUACAACUGCAAUUGAUAUGUGGUCUGUGGGUUGCGUCCUGGCUGAGCUGCUCCUAGGACAGCCUCUAUUCCUCGGGGAAAGUGGUGUUGAUCAGCUUGUUGAGAUUAUCAAGGUGCUUGGGACGCCAACUCGUGAGGAGAUAAAAUGCAUGAAUCCAAACUAUACAGAGUUUAAGUUUCCUCAGAUCAAGGCUCAUCCCUGGCAUAAGAUAUUUCACAAGCGUAUGCCCCCGGAAGCUGUAGAUCUUGUUUCUAGACUACUCCAGUACUCACCAAAUUUACGGUGCACUGCUUUGGAGGCCUGCGUCCACCCAUUUUUUGAUGAACUUCGCGAUCCUAAUACUCGUCUCCCCCACGGGCGUCCUUUGCCGCCUCUCUUCAACUUUAAACCUCAUGAGCUAAAAGGAGCAACCUUGGAGCUUAUAUGCAAACUUGUUCCGGAACAUGCUAGGAAGCAGUGUCCAUCGCUUAACUUCUAAGUCUGUAAUAACUGUGCUGACUGAUCUGGAGCAACUAUGUUGUAUCAUGUUUGUCCCGCACGUCUUAUGAUGUAAACAAAGACUACUGCUGCAUUAUGAUCUCCACGUUAUCAUCAGAUACAUGUCUCUUGCUUCUGGUUUUCAUAAUUAGACACUUUAUCGUAAAUCUGAGAGAUCAUGUAGGAAUCUUUUCUUUCCAA